AUGGCGCAACUGCCGCCGGCGACCCGGCGAUCCCCGGCGCUCUUCUCAGCGCACCGGCACACGAAGGAACAGAAGUCUCGCGGAUCGCGCCGGUUUUUGUUAACAAGCAUGCUUCUUCUGGUUGGUCUCUUCACGUUGUCGUCUAGCACACCAGCCGACUCGAUUGAUGCUGUCGCGGCGAAAGCGACCUCUGCCUGUGUGAAGGCUGCCGGUGUCACGGAGUGUACCUGCGAAGAGGGUGAGACAGGCAAGACCAUGGAAGCAGAUCUUUCGCAAGAUGCAAACAAGCUGCAAAUUAUGUGUAAAGGCGAGCUGAAGGGCUCGCCUAAGGAGCUGGAAGGGGAGGCAGUGUGUCCUGCGAGCACCAACAAAAAAUGUAAAUGCGAUGAUGUACCUAAAAGCCGCGGCGAGGACGAAACAACGUGCAUCAAAAUUGGAGACCUCUUAUCCGCGAACGCAGGAGCUGUUUCGUGGAGGGCGGUUUCGGUUCAGAAUUCUAAAGAGAAACCCAAACUCUUGACCAUUCCGACGGAUAGUUUUGCCCUUGUCGACGAGGGCUUCGUCGUGGGAUGUGUAGAUCAACUCAACACCGAUACGAAGUGUAAGGUGACGGUGACGCUGAAGGCCAGAGCAACCGUCAUGGACAAUCGGAAAGUUAUAUGCGCCUAUGGUGCGGAGAGCAACGGCGAACACAAGGCCAUCACGCUCAGCCCGUCGCAGAACAGCUUUACUCUGGUCUGCGGCGAGAAGGGCGAAAUUGUACCGGCGAACUACGUGGACGCCUUCUGCCCCCUUAGCGAGGGAAGCACGACUGUUGCCACCCCAUGCGGUGGAGACUACAAAACUAUUCUCGCGGGAUACGAGACUGCCUGGUGGUCAGACAAGCCGGAAGGUUCCUUCUCAUUUACCAUCCCCAAGGACAAAUUCCCUGAGAGCGGGGCGAAGCUGAUGUUUCAGUGUCAGAAAAAAUCCGAUGAUAGUCAGCAGAAACCCAAGGCGGAAGUUGCAAAAGGGCCGAGUGUGUGUAGCGUUGACGUCACGAUUGAGGGCAGAGGGCCACCCAGUUCAGCUGUGUCGGCGUCCGUGUCAGGCAUGCUCCACUUACUCUUGCUUUUCUAUCAGGUGUUAUCGCGUGAGUAA